GUUAUCUUGAUACUAGAUACUGAAGAAUCAAGCAGCAAACGAUCAUUGGAUUUUUUUCCUCCAAUUUUCCGGAAUUUUUAUACAUGUUCGAUUCAAAAGUUAUUAUUUCCCGGUUGAAAGAGGGCGCUAAAAUCUGGUGUUUACAUUCCUGAAAGAUAAGAAAAUCAUGGAAAAUAAGGUUGCUAGACGAUACGUUACUAAGGUCAAUGAACUUCUGCCAGAGGCGGAGAGACCCCUGAUUUUUGAAGCAUUAAAGAGAUACCAGUCGUCUAUGGAUUUAAAGAGGCUAAUAUCAGACAUGAAGAUAGUACUGAAUGAGCCAACUAAAUUGGAGAUCUAUGAAUAUAUGAGGCCUCUAAUACCUCCCAAACACCAAUCAGAUUAUGACAAAUUAGCACCAGCACCACCUGGGAGAAAGCUAAGGGCCAUUACUCUGAGAAAACGGGCAAAUGAAAGCUUUGGAUUCGCAGUAAGAGGAGGCUUUGAACAUGGAGUGGGAGUGUUUGUGUCUCAUAUAAAUCCAGGCUCACAGGCAGAACAGAAGGGACUUAGGGUGGGGGAUGAAAUAGUGCGGGUUAAUGGUUACACUAUAGCAGAGGCUGUCCACGAGGAGGUCCUAAACCUGAUCAAAGGUCAAGAUGAGAUCGAACUGAAGGUCACCAAUAUUGGAAUGUUGCCUGUGAAAGAACGAGCAACAGAUCCCCUGACCUGGUCCUAUGUAGACAAAACUCUAAAAAGUGGCAAGGGAACUUCAGAAAACUUAAAGAGAGGCUCAGAUGAGAAGGCAGAAGAAGUGAAGCUGUUUGUUAACCUCAGACAGUCCCCCUCCCUUGGUUGCAGAAUAGUAAGUGGACCGUCCAACUACAGAGGAAUAUUUGUUGAACAUGUCAACCCCGGAUAA